AUUGAAUUCCAGCUCGGACUCGGAAGCUCUGAGUCUGACGCAGAGCCCGACGCGCAGUGGAACUGGAGUAGAAUAUGCGUACCCUGCCCAAACGCCUGUACACGUACUCCCAAUUACAGCACUGACGCUAGGAUUGCAAAGGACUCCUGAUCAUUGAAAUCUUCAGUAGGUAACCAUUGACCAAGGCAUGUCGAGUUGCUCAGCACUGUCAUAUAACAAAGAAACCCAGGCGGACUUAUCGCAUUUGAUAUAUUUAUUAUCAUGACAGAACUUUAGAAGGCCCUCUUGGAGUCUCGCGGUAAGAUGCGAGUUUUGACGCCCAUCUAUCACACAGCACAAACACAGCAGCACACUGCCUGCCCCAUCUUAUAAACCUCAAGAGUUUGUCCUUCACUGGAAAGCAUAACUAUUACCCAACUUACACACUAUGUGGUCCUGGGACACUCAGCCGAAUUCGCAUGCGCAACGCAAGUUCAUCGAACUUAUAUUCGAUCGAACCGGAAAGUUUCCUAACUGGGACCCUCCAUCAGAAAUUCCAGUUGGGUCAUAUGGAAGGAUCGACAAAGCCACGGGCAACUUGAUCCCCCAAGGCUCCAUCUACUCAGACGAUUUCAAACAACGUCUCGUCGAUGCAGGUAUCAACCCUGAGUCUGGCGAGCAUCUUCCCGAGGAAUGUCCGGAGGAGUCUGAAUUCACGACUUGGUCCAAAAAUGUGAGACGAAUCGAAUUGAACGUUGAUUCUCAAGCAGGUAUCCCUGGGAUUGCCACUGCUGCAAUAAAAGGGACAUGGCAAGUCAAGAAAGGCACCACUGGCGCUGUCUUGCUCAUGAAUAACCCUCGCAUCAAACGCAUUACUUCAGACGCCCUUACGAAGCUCGCGCGCAUUCAGCUUCUUCAAUCCAUGCAUCUCGUCACCAAAGCCUUCUAUUGUCCCGCCUUCUCCUUGUACCUCUCAGAUACAAGCGGCGACAGUUUCUCCAUAGCUCUUCUAGGUUCCGCGCCUGUUCUGGCGCCUGUGGUCACUGUUGAGGCGGCGGCUUCGAUGAGAUGGUGGAGUGACGCACAAACUGGAUUAGCACGCAACGGAUGCAAGACGGAGCAUUGCUUCACCCCUUUGUAUGAACUUCUGCAUGUUAGGCACCCUCGUAACAGGCGAACAUCACCAUCCCCAGUACGCACAGGUGAAAUGCUGUGGAUCGCCCCUCCCCUCCCGUGGGCGCCUCUCCGCGAGGAUGGCACAGAGGUGCCGAUAUACAUCAACGAGAACACGGAUAGCAGUGAAUCUGAUGAGGAAUAAGGUGGCCAAGACCACACCCGCAGGGGGAACCAGUGGCGGAGUUUAUGCUAAGAUGCGUGACGAGUCUGUAUCAUACUGUAAUACCGGCGACAAGUAUUUAUAACUUCCUUAUGGCCUAUGGCCUGUACAAUAUGCUCUCGAUGCGCCGGAAUAUCAUUCUAUGUCUCAUCUGCAUGUUUUGGAGCCCUCACAUAACUUUACCAAACACUUCUUACAGCAUAGUCCGAGUG